GCGCGCAACAGUUCCCCCAAAGUUGCAGCCCGGGAGGCGGGCGCGCCCGGGCAGCCGAGGGGCGGGCAGCCGGCCGGGGACGCGGCGUCGCGGCCCAGCGCGGACGGUGCCAGCGGGCAGCGGCGGCAUGGGCACCCGGCAGACCAAGGGCAGUCUGGCGGAGAGAGCCAGCCCCGGCGCGGCGCCGGGCCCCCGCCGCGAACGGCCCGACUUCUGGGCGUCGCUGCUGCUGCGCGCCGGGGACAAGGCGGGGCGCGCGGGCGCCGGCGCGGGGCUGCCCCCCUACCACCGGCGCGUCGGCAUGGUCCAGGAGCUGCUGCGGAUGGUGCGCCAGGGCCGGCGGGAGGAGGCGGGGACGCUGCUGCAGCACCUGCGCCAGGACCUAGGCAUGGAGUCAACCUCGCUGGAUGACGUUCUGUACCGCUACGCCAGCUUCAGGAACCUGGUGGACCCCAUCACACACGACCUCAUCAUCAGCCUGGCCCGCUACAUCCAUUGCCCCAAGCCGGAAGGCGAUGCGCUGGGCGCCAUGGAGAAGCUGUGCCGGCAGCUGACGUACCACCUCAGUCCCCACUCCCAGUGGAGGCGGCACCGGGGGCUGGUCAAGAGGAAGCCGCAGGCCUGCCUCAAGGCUGUCCUGGCCGGGAGCCCUCCAGACAACACAGUGGACCUGUCAGGCAUCCCGCUGACCUCCCGAGACCUGGAGCGGGUGACCAGCUACCUGCAGCGCUGCGGGGAGCAGGUGGAUAGCGUGGAGCUGGGCUUCACAGGCCUCACAGACGACAUGGUCCUGCAGCUGCUGCCAGCACUCAGCACACUACCCCGCCUCACCACACUAGCGCUCAAUGGCAACCGGUUGACCCGGGCCCUGCUGCGCGACCUCACCGACACCCUUAAGGACCCCAGCAAGUUUCCCAGUGUCACGUGGAUCGACCUGGGCAACAAUGUGGACAUCUUCUCAUUGCCCCAGCCCUUCCUGCUCAGCCUGCGCAAGCGCUCCCCAAAGCAGGGCCACCUACCCACCAUCCUGGAGCUGGGCGAGGGCCCAGGCGGUGGGGAGGAGGCCCGGGAUGGGACACUGGGCCAAGAGGACCCUGGAGGGGGCCCUCUGGCCCCUGCCAAAGACCACGAGGGCAAGGAGACUGUAGGUGCAGCCCAAACGUGAUACACAAGUGGGGGACCUCACCAGGGAGCCCCUGUGGAGUAGGAUGGCUGAGGCAGGCUAGGAGCUCCUACCAGGGGACUCAGGCUACCACCCAGAAUUGGCCUGGGCAGCCCCACCCUUGGGAAGCCAGCAUGUAGGAUCUGGGAAAGGGGGAUUGUGUAAUACUUCUCUUUGGUCCUCUGCAUUUCCUUGUCAAUCCCAUUAUCUGCCUUUUGGCUCCUAAAGAGUCAUCACUGGCUCAAAGGGCAUCAGCCCCUAGCCACCCCCAGACUUGUGGGCACAGUGUACAGUUUGGAGAUGCUGGAAGCUUCAGUUAAUGUGAAUCCUAAGAGCCUUCCCCCAGAAAAGGAGUGUAGUUCAGGUCCUACAUCCACCCCAGGAUUUCCCAAUUCUGCAUUACACUUGUUCUAUUCAGAGCAGCAAACUCCAGCCAGAUGCUAAAUGUGCUCCUGCUCGAGGCAAGUUUUCCAACCUUUACCCUAACUUCUGGCUGAAGGCUGGGGUAGGGGUCUGGCUGCCCGAGACCCCAGGACCUAGUCCAUAUCUGGACUGAAGGCUGUCUACCUCCUCCUUGUGGAGACCCAAGUACCUUAGAACCAACUUCCCAGCCUCAGCCUUCAUUUGAGGCCCACCCCUCAACCUGUGAUUCCAGGGCCUGCCCAAGGGACCAGCCACCCUAUACCCUUCAAUAUUUAGAGCAUCCUAGGGUGCCUACACACAGGCACACGUGCCAAGUCCCAUUCACAAACCCUGCCAGAAAAUCACGAGGGUUCCAGUGUUGCUCAAGAACAGGCCUGAGUGAGUUGCUUCCUUUAAAAAUUCCUCCUCAUGGAGUCCCUGAAGUAAUCCUUGCUAUUUUGAGCACAUUUCCAAAAACCUACUAAGGAAGACUCUUAUAAACCCAGGACCAUUCGAUGAGAUUAAGAGCAUUUCCCCCAGUUCCUGGCAGAUGUAGUGCCUCCAAGCCAAGAUGGCUGGGAGAAAGGGAAAAAUAAACCUGAGGUUCCCAGAGGGAGUAAGCAAGCAAGUUUUCACCCAACCUUCCCCUUGCCCAAGGCCUACCAGUUAAAAAAAAAAAAAUCCCUUCUAGGCACAAUAAGCCCUAGACCCAAGUACAGACAGCAAGUCCAGGGAGACUGGAAACCAGUCUUAAGCUGGAGAAAAUUGGUCCAGGCGCCCAAAGUUGGUGAACCAGACCCCUCAGGCAAAUGUCAGCGAUGGCUAGAGAAGCACACAGCCUGACAGGCCUCUAGCCUCAUGCCAGGUAAGCGAGAUGCCAACACAGCAAGGCAGCGACGCAUGGGCUAGGUUAAGAGCCGCACUAUGGGACCUUGCCUGCUACUGCCAAAGGGUUUAGCUAGGCAGGUGUAGAACUUCAGGAGGUAGAGGAAGGCUAUGGGAAGGGACAGAAACUGGAAUCAAGUGCGUGGAUGCCUUAAAUGCUUUGGAAUUUUUACCCUCAAAGUCUGAAGUUGUUACAGAGGGGAAAACAGCUUAGACUGACCAUAGGGAAGCUGACAAGUACUAAUACCUGGACUGCUACUAUCCAACAGCAGUAAUCAAAUUUAACUUUUUCUUCAAAUACACAUUUUUAAGAACCAAUACCACAGACCAUCCUUUAUUACAGUAUUAGUUUAUGGUAACUGCAUGGGAAUAUUUCAGCAAGAAAUAAGUCCCCAGCUUAAAGAUAACAAAUUUAUACAGUAUUAAAUAAAAAGUACAGAAGGAAGCUCCUUUUGGGCAAGGGACAAGACUAGAAAACUCAUGAACUUAA